AUGUCCCAUGAGAAACCAGCGGACGGUCGUCGUCAUCAGCAGCAUCAACAGCAGUCAUCCACAGGCCUGGAGACUAUGGCUGCACUUACAGACCAGGUUUCACGUAUGAAAGUCCAAUCAGAGCAUUCGACAACUGUCUCUCCUGUAACGUACGAUGCCGUCCCAGCAGGCUCACCACCCUGCCCACAGGCCCGACGAAUCGGUUACCCGGUGAUAUGGGUUCAUCUCAAGGAUACACCAGGCUACUUCAUCUGUGAGGCUUGCUAUAACAAUCAUAUUGCGUCCUCAUCAUUAAGAAGCCACUUCGAAGCGGUAGAAAUGACGGGCGACCCACCGGUGUCUUGCAGCUUCUGGUUGCCGCGAAUAAAGAAUGCCCUCUGGCCAGAGGCAUUGCAAACAAACAACAUAGAGAAGCUGUGCGAGUUCUUGAGCAGGCUCGUCGACGUGAGACCCUGCAACGCUGGCGCUGAGGUUGAACAUAGUGUUCAGGCGAUCGUAUAUCGCAUGUCUGACAACGAUAUUGAAGGCUUCAUCGCUUGUGAAUCAUGCUACGAGCUGCUCGCUAAGCUCAAUGACUGGGGUGCAUUUGCGGUGGGAGCCUAUGAGCGUCUAAUACAACAAGAGUGUACAGGGACGGCUGUUCAGGCAGACAGUCGAGAGUGGCUUGCACUCUCUCCUGGCGUGGCGGAUUUGUUCGCCACUUGCAAGACUUGCUACAUGGACUUCUUGGUCAACGAGGCUUUUGCCAAUGAAUACAUAUCCUCGGUACCACCACCAGGCUCGUACCAUCGAUGGUCUUGCGCUCUUGGUCAAUUAUCAGUUAAAUGGGCGCUGGAAGCUGCCAUCUCACAGCAAAACCAUGCUGUCUUUGUCGAAGCCGUCAGAACCAUCAGCGGUCUCCAGGCUUGCACGUCGGCAGGCAUCACAGAUGGACGUUGGUUCACAUUGGUCAGCGACUGUCCCAAAUUCUCAAUAUGUCAAGGUUGUUAUGCAGGCGCCAUCAAGAGCAGAGGCCUAGAUCAUUACUUUGCCGAGAUUUCCUUGCACCCUGAGGAGCUUCAGACUCCGAUGUUAUGUAGUUUCUGCCCGUCGGCGCCGCGAUAUGAACGGCUGUGUCAGAAGCUCUUCGAGGCCUACGACACGGGGAACUUCAAUGCAUUUUCCGACUUUGCGGUAAAGUUCUGUCGAGUCCCUCUUUGUCCACGCAUCGGCGCUUUGCAAGACGCCAAGUGGUGGGGUUACGAGGGUUUACUCUUUUGCGAAGAGUGCUAUUACGACUUCGUAUCUGCGACGACCCUGGGUAAUGACUUAACUAUAAAGGGAGUUGUGUAUAAAGAAUAUCAGAUGUGUCAAAUCUGGUCGCCACGGAUGCGUGGAAUAUGGAAAGAAGUCUGUGAAGCCGGGCCGCCUAGAUCUGCAGAGUCAGAUAGCGCGCUAGAAGAGUUCAAGACAUUUGCGGCUGAGAGAAUAAGCAUCUAUGACCAGACGAUACGGCAGAUUGAGUUUUUGAAACAGAUGCAGCAAAUCAAGAAUCGGGAGGCAGCAUUUCAGGGAGUUUUGAGUGUACAGGAUCAGGGGAUAUCAGCAAUCGCGUCGUGGGGGUCCCGCGAUCCUUAUAAAUAUGGGAAUAACUCCAUAGGAUGGUGGGACAAUAGGUUUGGCGCUGAGGCAAGUAGGCGGCUUGAGGCUAUGAGCAGUGGGUUCCGAGAGGCAAAUAACAUGUCACGGGAGAUGAUAGGGUUGAGAGAUAUUUGGGAAACUGUGGAGUAA